GAAUACACCACUACCUUCACUACCACUGAUGCUGAUGGAAACCCAGAAACUGAAACCGGUGUCGUCAUCAUUACUACCGAUUCUGCUGGUGACUUAACUACUACUACUGACAUCUUAGGUGACUGUCCAGAAUGUACUGACUAUACUACUACUUUUGCCACCACUUUACCAGAUGGCUCUGUUUCCACUGCUACCGGUGAAGUUAUUGUUACUACUGAUUCUGCUGGUGAUUUAACUACCACCACUGACAUCUUAGGUGAUUGUCCAGAAUGUACUGAAUACACUACCACCUUCGCCACUUCCCUUGCUGGUAGUGAUGUUACUGAAACUGGUAUUGUUAUUGUUACCACUGAUCCUAAUGGUGAUUUAACUACCACCACUGAAAUCAUUGGUGGAAUUUCAACCACUGUCGUUACUAUCACUUCAUGUUCAGACAACAAAUGCACUGAAGUUCCAGUCACCACUGGUGUUACCACCGUUUGUGAUGAAACCACUUCAUACACCACUUACUGCCCAUUAACUGACGAACCAGAAACUGUUACUGCUUUAUCUACCACUGUCGUUACUAUCACUUCAUGUGACGAUGGUAAAUGUACCGAAGUUCCAGUCACUACCGGUUUAACUACUGUUUGUGAUGAAACCACUUCAUACACCACUUACUGCCCAUUAACUGAUGAAACUACCACCUCAACUGAAUAUCAAACCACUGUUAUUACUAUCACUUCAUGUGAUGAUGGUAAAUGUACUGAAGUUCCUGUCACCACUGGUUUAACUACCGUUUGUGAAGAUUCAACUACUUACACUACUUAUUGUCCAUUAACUGAAGAAGACACUACCAUCACCACCUCAAUCCAAACUACCUUAUACACUACUCCAUAUGCCAAUGGAUCUGAAACCACCACUGUACCAGUUUCAAGUGGUUCAAAUUCUACUGUUGAAGUCACUACUUACGAAGCUUUCGCUAACGUCUUCUCCGUUUCAUUAGGUGCCAUCUUCGCUGGUAUCUUCAUCGUAUUUAACAUUUAG